CACGAUGCCUGCCUCGAAAGACUCCCACUCAAAAUACUCCUCAAACCAUUCAUACUCUAAUAACGGCAUGACCCUAUCAGCAAAAGUCUACCACCCAGCGACCAACCUGAUGCCUUUGACACCCCCCCACUCCCCAACGGGCGUCGCCCCCUCCUUCAACUCCAAGACCACCCACUCCUGGAGCCGACAGAACAGCUACAACAACGGCAAGCAGUCCUGAUGAAGAAGAUUCAGCAGCUGGAGAAGAAACACGAUCGCCCACCAACUUGUCAAAGGGUGACAAAGACGGGGUCACCCAAGGAGCUGUUCUAGGUCCCUAUAUUUUUAAAAUAUGGGGGUCGACCAGGGUUCACAUCUAGGACCGUAUUUAUUUAAAAAUCGUAGGAUUAUAGAGAAUAAUAACAUAAUAAUAGUGAAUUUGAAUGCAUUUACAGUAGCGAAUUGAGUGAUCUCAACCAUUUCAGCGAAUUUUCAUUUAAUAUUAAAAUAGUCAUUUAAAUUUAUAUACAUUUUCAUGGAUAUGAGUUUAAUGCCCACCAUAAUGUAUUUGAAUUUCAUUUUAUUAACUUAUUUUUUAUACCGAAAUUGUGUCUUAUUAAUUGAUAAGUUGGUUGGUGGGAAUAAAAAAAAAAUUGUCAGUUUUAAUGACAUUAUUGUUUUGUAAGUCAAACAUGACA